AUGGAUCCAACUCAGGCCACCGGAAGUUCGCAGCCGACGGUGUAUGACGCAGUACUGUUGGCAGAACUGACGCAAAAAUUAGGUAGCGUCAAGAAAGCAAAAGAAGUUUACGCUCUGUUCUCCACCAAAACCGCUUCACUGGAGGCGGAGAAAGAAGAGGCGACGAACGAACUGUCGGCUGAUGGUGGGCAGAACGACGGCGAAACGGAGGUGGAGACCGAAAGACAAGGUAAUGGAAACCCUAACUCUGAGGGUGAGAAAGUUGUUGAGGGGGAAACCCCUGUUCACGAAAAGAUUGCUGAGGGGGGAACCCCUGUUAUGGAAGACAAUGUGGAGGGGGAAACCCCUAUUGUGGAGAGGAUUGCUGAGGGGGAAACCCCUGUUCACGAGAAAGUUGUUGAGGGGGAAACCCCUGUUCGAGAGUUGAUGAAUGAGGGGGAAACCCCUAUGGAGGCUGGGGAUGAAACCCCAAAGGAUUUUAGGGGUGCGACCCCUGAACCAAUGGAGGAGGGGGAAACCCCAAGUGAUGUCAGGGGGGAAGCUGUUGGGUUUAUGAACAGGAGCUACCGGUUCGGACACUGGAACAACUCACCUGGUUGGAGAAGCGCCCAGACUAGUUGGCGGGUCAAGGAAACUAUAUUCCCAGUUACCACCAGAUCGGGGCUUACAACAGGGGAUCCAGUUCACCUGAGUUCGGAGAGCGACGAGGAGUCAACUUCGUCAGUUAAGAAGGAACCAAAGUCAACCUCAGAAACAGAGGAGGAAAGCGUUGAGAGCAUGGCCAACGCAGGCGACGACGACCCAGAGAUCGGCUGGCUCACUGCCCAUUUAGAUGGCGAGCCUGCCCAGGCCAUCGUCUCUACCCAGCGCCAGAGGGCGAUCGACAUCAAAACUAAUGUGUUGGGCAUUCUCCCCACUUUCUCGGGUCGGAGGAAUGAGUGCCCCUAUGAGUUCCUCAAUGAAUUCAAUUUUACUUUGAUUUUAUGGAAAAUCCAAGAAACUGGAGAGGAGAAGGCCACACUGCAAUCUUUUGCACGUAAAAGUGGGGAACAUGAGAAUGAGAUCUACUACGAGUCCAAUUUCGAAAUCCCAGAUGAUUUUGGAGAGAUUGGUGCCGUUAAACUUGAGAAUGAACAUCGUCAAGAAAUGUUCGUUAAGAACAUUGCAUUAGAUGGAUUCCCCUCUGGCAUUAUCAACAUCCACUGUGAUUCUUGGAUUCAUUCCCAAUUCGAGAGUCAGGAGAAGAGAGUCUUUUUUUCUAACACGUCAUACUUGCCAUCCGAAACUCCGAGUGGGCUAGUAAGAUUGAGGGAGAAAGAUCUGGUUGCUCAGCGAGGAGAUGGCGAAGGAGAGCGCAAGGCCUCUGACAGGAUCUACGAUUACGACGUCUACAAUGACCUUGGCGACCCAGACGCUGACCCUGAGUUGGCCCGCCCUGUUCUCGGCGGGCCCAAACAUCCCUAUCCUCGCCGCUGCAGAACUGGCCGCCCAAGAACUAAAGCAGAUCCAUUAUCGGAGACUAGGUCGGACGACGUGUAUGUUCCACGAGACGAAGCAUUUUCGCAAGUAAAGCAAGCAACAUUCCAAGCAAAGACGGUCUACUCAGUGGUUCACGCGCUGAUCCCAUCGCUCAGGACAUAUGCCACCGACCCUGACCAAGGGUUUCCGUUUUUUUCAGCCAUAGACGGUUUGUUUAACGAAGGGGUCCACCUCCCUGAUAUUCCGACCACCGGAUUCCUGGGAAACAUCAUACCUAGGCUUGUCAGAUCAAUCUCUGAAGCUGGCAAUAGCGUCUUGCGCUUUGAGACUCCUGAGUUCGUUGACAGAGACAGGCUUGCGUGGUUUAGGGAUGCAGAAUUUGCUCGACAAACUCUAGCAGGGAUCAAUCCAUGCGCCAUACAGUUAGUCACGGAAUGGCCAUUGAAGAGUAAUCUUGAUCCAGAAGUGUAUGGACCGGCAGUGUCAGAAAUUGACAAGGAAAUGGUGGAAAAUGAAAUUCGAGGAUUUUCUACUCUUGAGGAUGCAAUCAAAGAGAAGAAGCUUUUCGUCCUAGAUUACCAUGAUUUGCUUUUGCCGUAUGUGGAAAGAGUGAGAGAGCAAAAGGGGACUACCCUUUAUGGGUCGAGGACGUUGUUCUUUUUGAUGCCAUCAGGCACGUUAAGGCCCUUAGCGAUCGAGCUGACCCGACCAAAGAUAGGCGACAAGCCCCAUUGGAAUAGAGUAUUCCUUCCAAGUUGGGAGCCUACAGGCAUCUGGUUGUGGAGACUGGCUAAAUCCCACGUCCUCGCUCACGACUCUGGUUAUCAUCAGUUGAUCAGUCAUUGGCUAAGAACUCAUUGUUGCGUCGAACCAUACAUCAUUGCGACACACAGGCAACUAAGCGCGAUGCACCCGAUUUAUCGAUUGUUGCAUCCCCAUCUACGAUACACGAUGGAGAUCAAUGCAUUGGCUCGUCAAGCACUCAUAAACGGCAAUGGGAUCAUCGAGUCCGCUUUCUCCCCCGGAAAGUACUCCAUCGAGCUGAGCUCAGUUGCUUACGACCUUCUCUGGCAAUUUGACUUACAAGCACUGCCGGCAGAUUUGAUUAACCGAGGCCUGGCCGUGGAGGAUCCAAGCGCGCCCCACGGCGUGAAGCUGGUGAUCGAGGAUUACCCUUACGCGAACGACGGUUUGCUUAUAUGGGACGCCAUCAAGGAGUGGGUUUCCGACUACGUUCCACAAUACUAUACCGACGCUAGCCUCAUACAGUCCGACACCGAGUUACAAGCAUGGUGGACGGAGAUAAAAACGGUAGGGCACGGCGACAAAAAGGACGAGCCGUGGUGGCCGGAGCUCAAAACCCCGGACGACCUAAUCGGGAUCCUGACGACCAUCAUAUGGACGGCUUCCGGCCACCAUGCGGCCGUGAACUUCGGGCAGUUCGACUACGGAGCAUACUUCCCGAACCGGCCCACCACCGCCCGCGUGCAGAUGCCGGUGGAAGACCCGAGCCCGGAAGAAAAGAAGAAGUUUCUAGAAAGGCCGGAGGCGUUUCUGCUGGAGUGUUUCCCAUCGCAGCUUCAGGCGACGGUGAUUUUGACGAUUUUGGAUGUGCUUUCGAAUCAUUCUCCCGAUGAAGAGUACAUUGGGGGGAAAAUUGAGCCUUAUUGGGAAGAUAAUAAAGUGAUAAAGGCAGCGUUUGAGCGAUUUCAUGGGAAGUUGAUGGAGAUUGAAGGGAUCAUUGAUGCUAGAAAUGCGGAUUUGAGUCUGAAGAAUAGGUCCGGAGCGGGUGUGGUGCCGUAUGAGCUCUUGAAGCCGUAUUCUGGGCCUGGGGUUACAGGGAAGGGUGUGCCAAAUAGCAUCUCUAUUUAGGACUCAUGAUAAUGUGCCUUCUUGAUCAUUCAAUAAUGCAAUAAUGCAAGAUUGUUCAAAUAGCAUCUGUAUUUAGAACUCAUGAUAAUCUGCAUAUCUCAUGCUAUUCAAUAAUGCAAUAAUGUUCAACCAAGUUUAAUUAAUUAUAAAAGUCAAAGAUGAUUAUUGUCAA